GGUUUACGCACAGGCGGACACUUCACGUACACUCUACGCACAGGCGUCGGGGACGUCCCUAAACAUGGAGGAUGAGUUAAACGUGUGAAAUCGUCACAUGGGGAGCUGCUCCUGACCAGUGAUUGGAGGAGAGGUUUGCCACGUGCAUAUGUCCUAAAUCUGCAGCACGAGCACGUUUGAUCACCUGUGAGGGUGCUCGAGGAGGAUCUCCUACAGGUUUAAACCGCAGCUGCUGAGUAACCUCCUGCAGAGUAAACCAGAGGUCGCCGUAGAAUUAAACUACUUUAAUGCAUUAAGUUGGGACUGCUUUAAAGCAACCACGAUGGCUUUGAGCUCAUUCGACAUUGACGCUCCGCGAUGGGAUCAGUCGACGUUCACGGGCCGACUGAAACACUUCUUCAACAUCACAGACUGGCGGACGGCGGUCUUACCCGACUCACGCUUGGAUGAGGCCAAAGCUUUGGUGGAAAGCUGCAGGGCGGGCUCCGUCCCUCCCGGCACUACGGAGGAGCAGCUCCACUACGCUAAGAAGCUGUACGACUCGGCCUUCCACCCCGACACCGGAGACCGCAUGAACCUCAUCGGCCGCAUGUCCUUCCAGGUUCCUGGAGGAAUGGCCAUCACCGGCUUCAUGCUGCAGUUCUACAGGACAGUUCCUGCUGUGGUGUUCUGGCAGUGGGUGAAUCAGUCCUUCAACGCUCUGGUCAACUACACCAACCGUAACGCUGCAUCCCCCAUCACUCCCAAGCAGAUUGGAGUAGCCUACUUCACGGCGACCAGCACUGCGUUAGCAACAGCAGUGGCACUGAACCUCUACACAAAGAAAGCUCCUCCUCUCGUGGCUCGCUGGGUCCCCUUUGCAGCGGUGGCAUCUGCCAACUGUGUUAACAUUCCUAUGAUGAGACAACAGGAAAUUCUGAAUGGUAUUGCUGUCACGGAUGAAAAUGGCAACAAACUGGGCAACUCUACGAAAGCAGCAGUAAAAGGCAUCACUCAGGUGGUCGCCUCUCGGAUCACCAUGGCUGCACCAGGAAUGAUCAUCCUCCCGAUCAUCAUGCAGAGGAUGGAAAAAUACAAGUUCAUGCAGAGAAUCACGUUUCUCCAUGGACCAAUUCAAGUGAUGCUGGUGGGAGUGUUUUUGGUCUUCAUGGUGCCUGCGGCCUGCUCCCUGUUUCCUCAGAGAUGCUCUAUGGCCGUGUCGAAGCUGGAGCCCGAGCUGAGAGACUCCAUUGUGUCUCAAUAUGGAGACGCUGUACAACAUGUCUACUUCAACAAAGGCCUCUGAGGCUGCGAGGGCCGAUUAUCUGCUCACCACACAAGACCGAAUACACUGGCCUUUAUGUCAUAAGUCUUCACUUCCUAGUUAUUAUUAGAUCAAUCAUGUCACCUGUUCUUUAUCAGUUCAAAGUUUGUCUGUUUGCUUACAUCAGAUAGAUACAAGGGGACACUGUGUACUCCUGUUGAGAAACCAAACGAUCUCCUCUCAGGAACAGCACAUGACUUUGUUAGUUUGUCCUUCAUGACCGUCGUUGUUUUCAUUGUCUUGUCUGUUUUGUUCUCCUUUCUGUCUGCCAAGCUUCCCGACAAUCUGUGCCUUUUGUCAAAGCGUCGGGAGCAACAACACUGCUGGAUUUUUCUUUUUCUUUAAACAAGCUUCACUUUGAAACCCGAAAUAAUACUUCUAUGCAUGGGUCAAAACUCUGAGACGGUCAUUCAGUGUGGUGAGGAGGUUCUGUGUGAUAAAAGUGGAGGAUACUGCCCUCUUCUGCCAGAAUAAAGAGGAAGACGUACGACUAGUUUGCAUGAUUUACCUACAAGGUUUACCAGUCGGAUCAUAUGCUGUGUGUAAACUCAGACUUGUGCCACAAUCCUCAGUGUAAACUGGAAUAAAACCACAAAUAUUUUAAAUGUAGAA